AUGAUGCAAGCGAACCAGCAGAAACCUAAACUUCCUGAAAAUCCAACCAUUGCUGAUGUUAUGGCCUCUUUGAUUCUCCCAGCGCCUACCCUGCUAACAACGACUAGCCCCCCAGUCAUGACCACCACAAACUCGGAUAUUAUAUCAUCUUCAGCCACAGACAUCCUAACGACCGCAACCUCGGACAUCCUAACAACCACAACCUCGGACAUCUUAACAACCACAAAUUCGGACAUCUUAGGAAGCACUAAUACAAACAUCUUAACCCCCACCAGCUCAAACAUUGCACUGAACACAAACCCUGAGAUGAUGAUGAUGAAGACCAGUCGUAAGAAAUCAGAAAGUGAUGCCAACAAGAUGCGUUACUACUGUGAAUUCUGCAACAAAGAAUUUGUGCAGCGAUAUGUCCUGAACAUGCAUCGACGGACGCACACAGGUGAGAAGCCACACCAGUGUACAAUCUGUGAAAAGAGCUUUGCCAGACGUGAUACCCUCCAGGUCCACACGAUGACCCACACGGGUCUGAAACCAUAUCAGUGUGAACUCUGUCCCAAAAAAUUUGCCCAGAAAGACAAACUCCGUAUUCACCACCGUACGCACUCUGGUGAGAAACCGUACGAAUGUAGUGAAUGUAAACGAUGUUUCUCGCAGAAGCGCACCCUGCAGAUGCACCAGCGAAUCCACAGCGGUGAGAAGCCGUUCCGCUGCGAGGUGUGCCAUGUCGGCUUUGCCCGCAGCGAAUACCUGCGUAUGCACCGACGAGGACACACGGGCGCUCGGCCUUAUGCUUGCGAUUUGUGCUGUCAGCGGUUUGCUCGACGGGAUACUCUGCGAGUCCACAGGCGAAUACACACCGGAGAGAAGCCGUAUGCGUGCAGUGUGUGCCCAAAGCGGUUUGCAGCAAAAGACAAGCUGGUCAUACACAGCCGAACGCAUAGUGGGGACCGUCCAUUCUCCUGCGACCUCUGCUGCCAGACAUUUGCACAGAAGGCCACCCUGAGAGUUCACCGGCGUAUACACACUGGUGAGAAACCUUAUCACUGCGAGGUCUGUGGGAAGAAGUUCUCGACUUCAGAUACCAUGCGACGACACCAGCGCACACACAAGACGCCUACCCAGCCCGGUCUUGUGAAGAGUAUACCCGCAACAAACAGCAGCACAGAUAAACCAAUGACAGAAACGAACAAAGAAGAAUACUCCACGAUUAAUAAUUAUCUUUGGUUGUUGUAG